UCGUCCGUCCCGUCCGGCACUGUCCGCGCGGCUCGCCAGCUGUUGCCAGUGCGGUGAAAGUGCGCUGCGCGGUGUGUUCGAAUUUUGACGUCGGCACGGCCAGUUUGAGUUUUCGUCGGUGAUAUGUCCCACAAGAACGGCGUGUUCGACACCGGGCCGGCGGCGGACUCCAGGCCGGCGUCGAACCGCGGGUACCACCUCGUCGGACUGCCCUACAGCACUUGGGGCGACUUCAAGCGGCGCUACGUGGUGCUGGUGCUGCUGCUGGCCGUGGUGGGCCUGGGCGUGCUGGUGGGCUUCACGGUGCGCUACGUGACGCAGGUGGCCUACCCGUCGUCCGGCCCGGUGCAGCUCGUGCCGCCCAACCCGGAAGUGCCGCAGCUGCCGUCGGCGUCCGUCGGCCACGUCUUCAAGCGCGGGGCCGUGUGCGCGGACGGCGCGCCCUGCUCCCUCGUCGGCAGAGACAUUUUGGAGAGGAAUGGAAGUGCAGUUGAUGCUACAAUAGCUGCCCUCUUCUGCAAUGGCAUUGUGAAUGGCCAGAGUAUGGGAUUAGGUGGUGGUUUCCAAAUGGUCAUUUAUUCCGCCAAAGAUAAGAAAGCGCAAGUUUUGGAUGCAAGAGAGGCUGCUCCUUUGGCAUCAAAACCAGGAAUGUUCAAGAAUCAAAAAGAAGCCCAAGUUGGUCCUAAAGCGGCAUGUGUUCCUGGAGAACUUCGUGGGUACUGGGCAGCUCACCAGAAAUAUGGGAGAUUGAAGUGGGCAGAUCUCAUUGCACCAAGCAUUAAAAUUUGUCGCAAUGGGUACUCUAUGACAAUGCACCAAUACUAUGCCCUUUCGAGGAAUGAAUUAAUAAAACGGGACCCCACUCUCAGGGAUAUUUUCGUUGAUCCAAACACGGGGGAUUUUCGACGGGCAGGUACUCUUGUAAAGUUAGAUAAACUCUGUGACACUCUAGAAAUAAUAGCAAGGGAAGGUGGAGAUUCUCUAUACAAUGGCUCAUUGUCCAACAUCUUUGCAAGGGAUUUGAAAGAUAUUGGAAGCAUUAUCACCAAAAAAGACUUGGAAAUUUAUCAGCCAAGGUGGAGGGAUCCAGUGUCUGUUGAGUUGCAAGGGGGUAUCCAGUUUCAUAGUGUACCACCACCUGGAAGUGGUGCUCUUGUUGCUUUUAUUCUAAGCAUAUUAGAUGGUUAUGGCUUCAACAGUAAUAGUGUUGCUGAUGUUCCGUCAACUGUCACGACAUUCCAUCGUAUGACAGAAGCAUUCAAAAAUGCAUUUGGAUUCCGUACAAAACUUGGCGACUCCGAUUUUGUUGACGUCCGAAGGGAUAUAGAAUUGCUAACAAGCAGGAGGUAUGCUGAUGAAAUUCGAAGAAACACCAAGGACAAUGAAACAAGCAAUCAACCUGAAAAGUAUGGAGGUGUUUUCUUCAACCCCCCUGAUGCAGGAACAGCCCAUAUUUCUGUUCUUUCUGAAGAGGGUGAUGCUGUUUCAGUUACUAGCACACUUGAUAUCUAUUUUGGAGCUGGAGUGACAUCACCUGACACUGGAAUAACAUUAAGCUCAGGAAUGGACGACUUUUCUUGGCCAGAUUUCCCCAAUUACUUUGAUCUCCCUGGCUCUCCAGCCAAUGCUAUUGCCCCACAGAAACGGCCGUUGUCUUCCAUGUCUCCCUCAAUUUUGGUUGAUAGGAAUGGAGAUGUUCGUCUGGUCGUGGGAGCAUCUGGUGGGACAAAAAUUCCUACUUCAGUGGUCAACGUCGUGGUUCGCCAUUUAUGGCUGGGAGAAACAAUCAAAGAAGCCAUAGAUGCGUCUCGAAUCCAUCACCAACUGUUUCCCAUGGAAGUGGCAUAUGAGUUUGGAAUAUUGGAUCAAGUUGUCAAGGGGUUGGAGCAAUUGGGUCACAAAACUGCAAGAUAUCGCGGUGCGGGCUCUGUGGUUUGUGCCAUUAGCAAGUUUAAUAAAACCAUUACGGCUAAUGCUGAUUUCCGGAAAGGUGGAGAGGUUUAUGGGUAUUAAUGCCAAAGAAACAUGUGAAAUGGAGUUGGAACCAUCUGCAUUAUUUAUUUGUUAUUGUAGUUAAGUAAACUUCAUAGGUAGGAUUUUCCAAUACAUGCCGGCAGUGUGAAAUUGGCAUGAAUCAACUACCCUCCUCAUGACAUUGAUUAUCUGAAAAUUUGUCUUACCUUGCUUUUGCGCACUAAAACCUAGUCAAUUUAUAGAUAGAAGUGAUCUGACAAUUAUAAAUAAUUUUACAAUCAUGUCACUUGCACCUAAGUUGUUCCCCUCUUGUGAGAUGUGUGAUAUUAGAACUGCAGCAUGUGUGAUCUUUUAUUGAGUGAAGUUUUUUGGGGACAGUGUUCCUACCAAUCAGUAUUCUGAGCCUUUGUUUGAAAAUUGUUAUCACCUCAACAACAUUUCUCAAACAUGUAUUUUUGUGUCUAUUAUUAUGUGUGUUCUGUACGCCUUGUCAAUUACAUCUUGCUGGAAAAAAGUU